AUGCACAGCAGCGACCGAGGGGAUCCCUGUGCCCCUGUGCAGGAGUCCAGACUCUGGGUCUGGGCCGAAGAGGGCAAAGUUCCCGUGUUUGGACAGGCUCAGGGGCUGCCCCCGGGGAGCGCGGGGCUGGGCGCGGGGGCGAGCGGGCAACGGACAAACGGACACGGGGACAAACGGCCCCGGAGCUUCAGUUGCAGCGGCAGCAGCGGCAGCAGCGGCAGCAGCAGACAGAGCAGCGAAAGCAGCGACUUUCCUCUCCCGCUCUCCCGUUCCCGCUGUCCCCUCGUCUCCCGCUCUCUCUCUCCCCAUGCCCGGCCGGGCCAUGCCCCCGGCCCGCCCCCGGCCCCGGGCGGGGCUGUCCCGUCCCCGGCCCCGGCCGUCCCGCCGCCGUCUCGCCCCCGCCCGGCUCUUGCCGUGCUGGCGCUGGCGCUGCUGGGCGGGCAUCAGAGCAGUACCGGCUGGGUUCGCUGCUGGGCCGCGGCGGCUUCGGCAGCGUCUUCGCGGCCACGCGGCUCUCGGACGGCGCCCCGGUGGCCAUCAAAAGGGUGCCACGGAACCGCGUCCUGCACUGGGGCGAGCUGCCCGACGGCACCAGCGCACCCCUGGAGGUCGUGCUGCUGGCCAAGGUGUCCACUGGCUUCCCCUGUUGUCGUCCAGCUGCUGGAGUGGCUUGAGCUCCCCAACGACAUCGUCAUGGUGCUGGAGCGCCCAAAGCGGUCUCAGGACCUGCACCAUUUCAUUCGGGCACGGGGGUUCCUGUACGAGGAGGUGGUGCGGGAGCUGUUCCGCCAGGUGCUGGAGGCCGUGCGGCACUGCACCAGCUGCGGGGUCCUCCACAGGGACAUCAAACCAGGGAACAUCCUGGUCGACCUGCCCACCCGGCAGGCCAAAUUGAUCGACUUUGGCUGUGGCACCUACCUCCAAGACACAGCCUACAUUCACUUUGCAGGAACACGGUCAUACAGCCCCCCGGAAUGGACCCACUUUGGCUGGUACUACGGCAAGCCAGCUACCAUCUGGUCCCUGGGCAUCGUGCUGCACCAGAUGGUCUGCGGGGAGCACCCUUUCAGGGGAUGCCAGAACAUCAGCUGGGACCAUCAGCUCUCGCUGCCACAACGGCUCUCUCCAGAGUGCCAAGAUCUGAUCAGGCAGUGUUUAUCCAUGCUGGACAUCGAAAGGCCCUUGUUAGAAGAGCUGUUGUGUGACCCCUGGAUGCAGGACAUUCAUCUGCCCUAGAAGAAGGGAGAGAGCCACAGGAACACUCUGAUGCAGUGCCCUGGGCUCAUCAGAUGGGAACACGCAGCCCUUGUGCUGGAGCGGAGCUGCUCUGCCCAGCACUGGUGGCCGCCAUCCGAGCUGGUUCUGCUUGUCCUUGGUUCCCUGACAGCUGGGGCCCUGGGCAGAACCCUGACAGCCUGGUCUCAGCCCCAGGGAAGGAGAAGGAGCCCCUGGAGAAGCUGUACCAGGUGGGGCUGCUGCUGCUGGAGACAGCGAGGAAGACAUCAAGGAUGACAACCUCUUGCUCCACCUGGUCACCGGCAGGCUGAAGAUGACGGCACUUUGAUUCUGGCACCUUCUCCAAAGCCAGGCUCCACAGGGAAUUUGCAGAUGAGUCCACACGCAGGGGAUGCUCCCAGAUUUGGGCAUUGCACAGCCUGGCCGGGAACACAGCGUUCCCCCUUUGCUGGAGCAGAUGCAGCUGAUCCUUCAGUCGGCUGCCCAGCUGCUUUUGGCAGGGCUGGGGGCUUGGGCUGGGGUGGGUACGAAAUGGGAGUGGGCUCCUGGCCCUGCCAACAGCCCCCACCACCCACCGUGCCCCAGGCUGGGGCUGGGGCUGGGGCAGCCAGCGCGACACAAACCAACCCCCAUGGUGGGAGCAGAGGUGGGACUCCAGAACCUGUGCAGGGGCUGCUUUGAUUUGCAGGCAAGGAAGGGCUUGGGCUGCUCCCCUGCCCUUGUUUGCUUUGGGAUCACUCUUAUUUUGGGGGGCAGUGCAGGGGGAAGGGAGAAAGCCUGGGCUUCCCUCACCCGUGGGUGGGGUUUUCCCUGGCAUGCAGGGGUUGGGCCUUCCUCAAACCCCAGACAGAGAGAAGAUUUUUGACCUUUUUUCUUGCUGCCCCUUUUUGUCUGUAAUCUACUUUCAAUCAUUUCUUGUGUGUUUUUCUAGAGGAAGCGUUCUAGGUGGGGUCCAGUCUGGAUGGGGAAGUGCUUGGGAGCAGCUGCGGCGUGGAUGGGCCGUGCCCUUGGAGAAGGCUGAGGACAUCGUUUGGGACCAGCUUUUCUUCCAGCGGUGGAUGGCGUCAGCCGGGCUCUGCGGGUGCUGAGGCUGCUCUGGGCUCUGCCAGGGCUCUGCUGGAGCUCAGCACCGGGCCAGAAUCAGCCAAAGAAGAAAUGGUGUGCCCUGCAGCACAGACUUGCUUGAGCAUUUCAGCUACACAGCUCAAGUCUGCAGAGUGUACCUCCAAGGGAAAAGAUGCCACCACCCAAAAAAUUAAACUUGUUCAAAAGCU